AUGACUCGAAAGAGCGGCCACAUGCCGCCGUUGGACAGCCCGUCGAAGCAACUCAUGAUUGAUCUGAUCCGAGACCUUGAGCAGGCGAAGCUCUUUUCUACCGAGCUGAAGAAAGUCCAUGCCUUCGAACGAAAAGCCUACUACGAGAGCCUUGACCAAAUCGAUCGUGAACAGGAAGCAGUGCACACCGCUGCCCUCGAUAAAGUCGCAGCGUUUCAUAACCAAGUUCGCGAGGAGGCCGAGUCUAUCCUAAAGGAACACAUUCGUGCCGAAGAAGAAGAGCGUCGGCGCAAGGAAGAGCGGGAGCGCAAGGAACGCGAACGCGUCCAGCAAGAGCAGGCCGAGAAACAGCGGCGAGAACAAGAGCAAGCUGCACGUCUCGAAGCCGAGCGGAAGGCUAAGAAGAAGGCUGAAGAGGAAGCGAAGAAGAAGGCCGAAGAAGAAGCUGAGCGUGCACAGCGGGCCGUGCAGGAGGAAAAUGACCGCAAGGACCGCCAAGAAAAGGAACGAGUCGAGUCAGAGAAGCGCAAGCAAGAAGACGACGCCAAGAAAGCUCAACAGGCCCAGCAGGCGGCGGACCAGGCAGCAGAGAAGCAGGCUCAAAGCCAGCAACAACAGAAUAUCGGUGCUAGUCGUCUCACAGCCAAAGAGCUCGCCGCGCAAGAACGCUAUGUCGCAAUCCACAAGGCACUCAAAGAAAUGCGACAGUCCUUGCGAAAUGCCGGCAAGCAGAACCCCCUUGUCAAGAAAACCAUGGGUGAUAUGCGCCGUUCGAUCAAGAAGUGUGUCGGUCAACUGCGAGACGGAAAAGGCGCCAAUAAAAAGCAGCUCCAAGACAUCAAAGCCGAGCUUCUCAAAGCUUCCGCUGUCCCCGAACCCACUGUGGAUAUCCGCCAAUUCCUUGCUAACCCUCCUCCGGAGAUCGCUGCUGAGGAGAACAAGGUCCCUGCUAUGCUAAUUUACGGACUCAACAUUUUCGCGAAAUGCCUGAUCUCAGCUUUAAUCACCGAGGCGUCAAUCAACCACGCCCAUGCCGAACCCGUUGGUAUUGUUGCUGCGCAAAUAUUCUCCAUGGACGAAUUCAUGUACAAGGGAAUCCACAUGUCCGACAUCCUUUGGGCCAAAUACCGGGUAGUUUGCCCAGCCCUUUGGGGGUUCAGCGGCAGUGAAAAGACCGAAGCAGGCCGAACGGCCUUGGGUUGGUGGCGCGAGGAAGCUGGUGGCCUCUUCAUUAGCGAACAAACCCAUCUGGACCGUAUGACGGCCCUGGGCGCCGGAUUCUCCUCGUUGACUCUUCGCAAUUUUGCCAAAGCGAAACGAGCAAACCCAUUCCCCAACACACUCUUUUGGACCUCGAUCCAAAAGAUACUCUCUAUCCCCCCGGGCGAACUCCAGGAUACACAGGUCACCUUGCUGCAAUCCAUGCUCAAGUCUUCUGAGGAGCGUAUCCUCACAUUCUUCGGCCAAUUUGGUCUGGUCAUCAUGCGGAAAGCUAUUGUGGAGCUACCCGCAGCCAUCCCCCGCAAGAGCAUGCCUGUGACGCAGCUCAAGCUCCUACAGGAGACUUACAUGCGGCAUAGUAAUAUCCUCGUGUAG